AUGGAAACAGAGAAGAAACCGAUAAUCAAAUUCACAGAGCACAAAACCAACACCAAGAGAAUCGUCCCCGAUUUCAACAACCACCACCACCAACAACCAAGGAUUCUCCGUAUCUCCGUCACCGACCCAGACGCGACAGAUUCCUCCAGCGACGACGAAGACAAAGUAGAAGAACUCCAACGUUUCGCCACCAAACGCCGCCGUGUCAAGAAGUUCGUCAACGAAGUGGUUCUUGAUUCUGGUUGUAGUCAAAUGGAAUCGAAGAAGAGACGGAAGAGAGCUGCUGCCGUGAAAUCUGAAGCUGCUGCUACUGCUUCUCCGGUUGUCGCAGCGACGACGGAAAGGAAAUUCCGGGGAGUAAGACAGCGUCCAUGGGGAAAAUGGGCGGCGGAGAUUAGAGAUCCUCUUAGACGUGUGCGGCUCUGGCUUGGAACUUAUAACACGGCGGAGGAAGCCGCCAUGGUUUACGACAACGCCGCGAUUCAGCUUCGUGGUCCCGACGCGCUCACUAAUUUCUCCGUUCCUAAAACGACGGAGGAAAGCUCGCCUCCACCGUCGCCGGAUACUAAUAAGAAAAGCAAAAUCAAAGACGACGUCGCUUCUUCCUCGAUGAGCGGAACCAGCAGCGACUGCCUCUGCUCUCCGGUGUCUGUUCUCCGAUCUCCGUUCGCCGUCGACGAAUUCUCUGGCAGUUCGCCGUCAUCCGCGGCUGUUGUCGUCAAGGAAGAGCCCUCGACGACGGAGAUAACGACGGUAUCGGAAACUUUCUCUGAUUUCUCGGCGCCGUUGUUCAUAGACGAUGAUUUGUUCGAUUUCCGGAGCUCGGUGGUUCCCGACUAUCUAGGCGGCGACUUAUUUGGAGAAGAUCUCUUUGCGGAUACGUGUACGGAUUUGAACUUCGGAUUCAAUUUCGGAUCCGGAUUAUCCAACUGGCACGUGGAGGACCAUUUUCAAGAUAUUGAGGAUCUAUUCGGGUCGGAUCCUCUUUUAGCUGUUUAA